GGAACACCUUGAUUGCAUAAACAGAAAGACAAAAAAGCAACAGAAGAGAAAGCAACCAAGGAGAAAAAAGCAAGUGUGCAAGUCCAUCAGCCAAACUAGCUGGUCCAAAAGAACUUCAAAUGCAAGGCUUAACAAAUUUGAACAGUUGGAGUGAAUUUGCGAGAACAACCCACCUUGUUUUCUCUUAAAAGAUCUGAUCAACGUCAUGCCUGCAAUGCAAGCACAGUCAAACACAUUUACACUACAGACAGACAGCUGUGACACCAGCAAAACAUCACCGACUUCAGCCUCCAUCCGGAUCGGUCUAAAUUUCUGAUUACACGGUAAGAACAAAAUGUAUUUUUUCUCUUCUUUAUCCAUUUACCUCUGCAUUAACACUGAAAGUCUGUAGUAUUUGACAUUAAAAGAGCAGCUUAUGAUAAUUAUACCUCAUUUUUACCAUAUGCAAUCUGAAGACAGAACAUAUUCCCAUGUCACCAAGUUGACUAAAUGAGGUUUGCUUAAAGCGUUGUUAGAUUUAUUUUCUUGUGCUUCACUGGUUAAGUUGGCACAGAGCAGAGAGCGCUUUGAACCACAGUACCUUGUUUAGAAUAGAAACACUUUGCGACCUCUUCAAAAUCUCAAGUGCAUACUGAAUAUGCUGUUUCGUACAUCAUCUUUCCAUGUACAUUACAAAAGCUUGAAGAAUUGAAGCAAAUGGCAUGGAGUCAUUUUCUGAUUUGUUUGUGCAAAACAGCUGGACAGGACUUUAAGUGCAUAAGUGGGGAGCUUCUCUGCCUGCUCCCAGUAGAGUUGGGCAGCUCAGCAGAACAUCGCUGACAGGGUAGAAGUCUCAGCUACUCAAAAGCAAUCGUCAGUUCCUCCAUGGUAACAGUGUGCGAGCUGCUCAUGACAACUUGGAAAUGCAAUUGGUACUUGGACAGUCAGCACUGAUGUUGUUUCACUGUGGCUUUGAUUUCAACAUCUGCAGCAUGCAAUGUGAUUAAAGUCCAGAUGAAAUGACAUUUGCAAGCAUUUUGCUUCUGUAACCUGACAUUUCUGAGGGAAACUCAAUAUUUGACGAGUAAGGAGCACAAGACGAGCAUCAGCUGAAAAGGACAGUCAUUUGAGAAGCAAAGUAAAGCAAUGCAUUUUGGUGAGAGAUCGCAGAAACUACAGAAAUCAUCUCUGAAAUAACUGUACUAAUUAACUGUACACAAAAACACCAGGAAUGUUUUCCAAGAAAACACUACUUCAGUUUUUCUACUUCAAAAUUUCACAUUUCAUUGCUAUUUCUUUGUAAUCGAUUGUGAAAUUUAUCAGCAAUUUUUUUUCUAGUGCAAAAUGGGUCAGUUUUGAUUUCAUAUGGCAUUGGUGAAAUUGUGUCAAAUAUAGAAAUUAUCUUUGAAAUACCCAGCAAAUUUUGUUUUUUUGAGGUUGUAAAUAAAGAUUGGAGCAAGUUUUACAAGAAAAUACUACGAUAAUUCAUGUUUAAUUCAAUGUUACUUGCCAUUUCUUUGCAAAUAUUUGUGAAAUUGCAGUUUCUAAUUGAAAAUUGUUUCUACACCAUUUAGAACUGUAAACAAUAACACCAAGAAUGUCCGAAUGUGCAUUUAAAACGAGUUUCAUGUUGAAAUUGACAUGCAAAUUUAAAAAAUACAUAUGAAAAUAUAUCAUUUGCAGUCGAGAAGCAUGGAAGUUGGUGUCUGGAAGUGAUUGUUUUCAAAAUGUUUGUCUUUAAUUCACAAGGCCAGAUUCUGAGAGACAAAAAUAAGAAUAGUUUGCAAAACCAAACAUAUUACAAAUACUUUGGCAAAAGUAAUUUAUAAUAAAUACAAGGAGAAUUCUUUAUAAUGCAUCGCUUAGAUGUAGGAUGAAGCUAACAGAAUACAGUAUCCAUACCUUCUUUACAUAAGCGCCUACUGUCUCUCCAGUUGACUUAAAAGCUAUUCAAGAGCACUUUAUAAACCCCAAUCAGAGGCAUGAUGUUCUGCAGGCGUGUAUCAGCGCUCUGAGAAAGUAACACCAAGGACAGCAAACACAAUGGCCUUUAGAAAGACGCUGUUCCUAAAGAAAGCGUGAGGAAGGCCAAGCUUUGCGCUCAUGCUGAAAAGGACAGGCAGCGCGAAGAAUGUUGUCUGGCAGUAAUGGCAAACAAUAAAGCCAAGGUCUCUGCUUCGGUUUAUUGAAUUUAGCUUUUCAAAAAAAAUAGCUUGAGAGGGAGAGCUGUAAUUCUACAAAAAAGGAGCUUGUUGCUGAGCAGGACUGGAUAAAGAAAAACAGAAAGAGAGAAAGUGCAUUUGGCUCCGUUUGAUCAUCUUGCAGCAUUUGUGUGCAACUAAUCAAGCAUCUAAUAACAAGCCAAACACAAUAGGAUCAUUCAAAGCUACUUGAAACUUCCACUGUGUAAUUUGUAAUAAGAAGAGCUGAACCGUCUUCCAUACAUCCCUUGCGACAAAUACCUAACCUUAUUCCCCUCUUCACAGGCUUUGUCAUGGCAGCAUACGUGAUCCCCGUCAGGUGUGAGUCUCAGUGAGAGAGGUGAAGAUGGAAGGUCCACAAGUUGUCAACACUGAUGGCAACUCCUUGCUUAAGGCCGUCUAUCUAAGUCGUCUCCGUCUCACACGGCUUCUUCUGGAAGGAGGUGCUUAUAUUAAUGAGAGUAAUGAGUGCGGUGAAACACCCUUGAUGGUCGCCUGCAGGAGCAGGCAUAUGGACCACCAAAGUGUCUCGAAGGCGAAGAUGGUUGGGUACCUGCUUGAAAGCGGCGCUGAUCCGAACAUCCAAGACAAGAGUGGGAAGACGGCUCUAAUGCACGCCUGUUUGGAGCAAGCCGGUCUUGAGGUGGUGGCGCUGCUCUUGGGUAGCGGGGCGGAUCCGUGUCUUGAGGACCACACCGGUUCUUCAGCUCUGAUAUACGCCAUCAAUGCCAGCGAUGAAGAAACUCUUAAAAUCUUGAUGGAUGCCUGCAAAGCCAGAGGAAAAGAAGUCAUCAUCAUCACCCCUGACAAACUUGCAUGCGGAAGGCAAACGGCAAAACAGUACCUACCUAUUCCUCCGCUUGCAAUGGUGGAACAAUGGAGUUCCACAAUUGUUCCCUGUACUUCUCCAUCUGAUAUUCUCCUCAGUACAUCUCCACAGGGGACUCUUUCUACUAGUCCUACAGAGCACAUGUUUUCUUUCAAGGACAUCCAAAGUAUGACCAAUUCCCAGCCAACUUCUCCAUCCCACCAGGUUACCCUGGUAAACAGUCGGUUGAGCAAAAUCCACAAUCUCCAAAGAUUACACUCCGAGCCUUGGCUGAAGAUCCCACAGUCUUUCUUGGCCCAACAGCAUGCCAAAAGCACCUCGGCUACAGAGGAACUCCCGGACAUCACGCCCGAAGAAGAAAUGACUUUCAGAACGAACAGAUUGGCUUUUGAUAACGCGCCACUCUUGCGGCAUUGCAGUGUUGAUUUGAAAGAAGCCAACUCUUUGAGUCAAACUCUAAGGCAAGGAAGCAAAGGUGAAGGUUUGAGACCGGAAGGAGCACUGUGCCGAAACAUGUCCUUUGAUAGCUUAUCAUCCCUGCACUCUUUAUCCCAUCCCAAUCUUCACUGCAAAAGCAGUGCGGAAGCUUUACCAGCUGAGAAGUAUCCGGACAAAUCCCUGCCAAAUUUGGCCGUGUCCAGUCUCCGUAACAUCAUCCAGAGAAGGAAAUUAGGAAUGGACCACUACAGCUCCGAUUCCCAACUAUCAGUGAGCCUUGCCAACUCUCCAGAAGACCGUAAAGGACAGUUAGAGAAGAGAAAACUUGCUAACUCGCGUUCUGCUACUUUGGUGGGCUCUAGGGAGUCUCUUGAGAAUGCUUCGUUGGCGCACUUGCACAGGAGGAAUCCCAUCAGCUAUGAGCGACGAGGCUCCGGGGUGCUUUUGGAUCCCAUCUCCAAUCCUCGAGCUGGUUUCCUCCCUCCACUGAACCAGCAUUCACCAAUCCCAAAUAUCACCGGAAGUGGCAACACAAGCAGCAUCAGUUCCAGCAACAAAGCAGUUUGUGGCGUAGCAGCAGGGACUAAGCCCUGCAUUCCCUCGGCUCCUGCGGGUUUUCCAAAGGAUCUCAAGACCAGGAGGAUGCUGAUGAGAAGACACUCCAUGCAAACUGAGCAGCUCAAGCGACAUGGUGACUUCACAGAAAUUUUUGGACACUGAAUGGUUGCCACUGUUAUAAAAAGUAACAAAGGUUGCACUGACACCAAAUGAUUGCUGGUCCCUGAAACUGAACAAAUACCAUCUAUACUUUUCAGUCUUAUCAAAAACAAAAUAAUUUAACCAUGCAUCCUUAAGGUGAGGUCACAUUUACUACUGUGCUCUGUGAAAUUUCAUGAACAAAAUCCAGUCAUUCCAAUAGGAAUUGGCGUGUGAGCUUCACGUGAGGGCGGAAGAUUUCCCUGCCCAGAUUUUGCACAUUCAAGUUGGUUACGUACAGCAAAUCUGCUUGGUUUGAAAUGAUUUCUGUGUUAAGCAGUGCUUCAUACAUCUCUAUACUAUUGACAAUGGACCUUUUAUUUGCCUGUGAAAUUUCACAAAUGUGACCGCACCUUUACAGUCAAAGACGACUUAACGGGAACAAUUGGUUAUAAAAUGUGGCUAGAGCUUCAAUAGCUAAGAAAACAGGAUGCAAAAACAUUCAAAUGACCUGUAAAUUCAAAAUACAAUUCAACUCAAAAGAAAUUCAGCUAGCCAACAUACAAUUUCAUUCAUAAUACAUUUGA